GAAGGAAAAACUGGAAUGUUAAAGGCCCAAGCCCACCAUCUUUGAGCCCAAAUUUUAAGCCCUUAAGCCGGGUCCUAAAACCCCCUUCUUUGCAUCGACCAACACCAUUGGAAGAAUUAGGGUUUUAUCGAGGUUUCAGAGAGCCACGGCGGAAAGGUUUACUAAAUGGGUGUGUCCAAUAAAGAGUCCCGGUUGUUGAACGAGGAUUCGAUGGAAGAGGAUGAUUUCCAAGAUGUUGGGUCUGGGUCAGAAUCGGAGGCAGAAUCUGAACAGGAGGGAGAUGUGAAAUUGGAUGAACCGUCGAAGAAGGCCAUAUACAACAGAGAUGGUGUAAUGGAUAAACUUGGUGAUAUAAGCUGGCCGGAGAAUGCAGGAUGGGUGCACAAACUCUCUGUUGACAUUGAUCAAGAGCAAAAGGUGGACGUGAAUGAUGACUUGACUCGAGAGCUUGCCUUUUACACACAGGCUUUAGAGGGAACGAGGAAGGCCUUCGAGAAGCUUCAGUCAAUGGGGCUUCCUUUUCUGAGGCCCGAGGACUACUAUGCUGAGAUGGUGAAGUCAGAUUCCCAUAUGGAGAGGGUGAAGAGCCGGCUUUUGGUAGAGAAGAAGAAGAUCGAGGAAGCGGAUGAGAGAAGGAAAGCGAGGGAGUCCAAGAAACUAUCUAAAGAGAUUCAGGCUCAGAAGUUGAAAGAGAGAGCUAAGCAGAAAAAGGAGGACAUAGAAUCUGUGAAGAAGUGGAGGAAGCAGAGGCAGCAGAGUGGGUUUGCCGGGGGUGACAAAGGCAGUGAGUUGGAUUUGGCAUUCGAGGAUGGGAAACCAUUCGAGAGGUCAAAUAAGAAGCCAUUUGUGGCUCCAGGAGAUCGGUCUGGAGGGAAGGCAAGACAAGGUGGGAAGCCGACGGGAAAAAAACCAAAGAAGAGGGAAAUUAAGGAUUCCAAGUUUGGAUACGGAGGGAGGAAAGGUUCCAAGAAGCAAAAUAUGGCGGAAACAACUAACGAUUUGAGGGGAUUCAACAAAGAUAGUCUCACAUCAGGAAAUAAGAAAAGGAAGAGGUGAUAGCAUCUUAUGAUUUUGGUUUUUGUUCUACUCUCGUGUUCCGGCAAGGGCUUGCCUGUGUAGCCUAUUGAUUUUUGCCGGUGAUUCUGAUACAUGUGAACUUUUAAGUUUUGUUCUGCUUUGCUUUAGUAUCUUAUGUAGUAAUAUUUAUUGCUGAUGGAAUGUUUUACUUAUCUGA